GAUAACUGGUUAGUUCGCCACUUAUUUUUGAGGACUCGACGGCGUUGUCAAGGCUUGAGGACCUCGACCCGCUCACGAGAGAGAACUUCUCUUGGAUGCCUCUAUCCUCGACCGGAUCCUUGCCAAAGUUGCAUUGUAACGCCUUGAUGGCAAAUCUACGCUCCUACUUGCACGCUGCAGUACCAGCUCCGUUGACGGACCACGGAGUAGCGGUUGUCGAUCUCCGCUGCUAUCUUGCGAAGAUUGACCGCGAGUACACCACCCAAAGGUACGUUGAGACCGACGCUCCUUUGCUCUAUAUCCGCAUUCAAAUCGGAAAGGCCACCUACAGUGCCUUGAUUGAUUUCGGAGCAUCUCGUAACUUUAUGAGCCAAGCCUUUAUGGCAUGCGCAGGCCUCGGCCCCCUCGUUCGAAGGAAGACGCAACCUACGCAAGUCACACUUGCGGAUGGCCACACGCAAAAGUCAAUUGACGGAUGCGUCAACGGUGUUCCCGUGUACUUUGCGCCCCUUGUGUGUGAGCCGGUGUCUUUCGACAUCCUCGACAACAAGUUCGACAUGAUUCUAGGCAUGUCUUGGUUGCGUAGUGCCGACCAUUCGAUCAACUUUCAUAACCAAACCGUUCACAUCCGUGAUCGGAACGGAGUGUUAGUCCCGUGUACGGUCGCGACUCCUCACAGUUUGAUUUCUUGUCACGUGGUUUCCGUCGCGAGGAUUCGUGACGCCAUAGCUCGGAAUGACGUGGAGGAGAUGGACGUUGUUUUCCUACAUGCCCUCCCCUCGACGGACGGACCAGCCGCGUCACCGCCGGACCCAUGCAUUACUCACCUCUUAGAUGGAUAUGGAGACGUCUUCGAGGUUACCACCGGAACGGUUCCGGAUCGGCCCAUAUGUCACGGGAUUACUCUCAAGGCAGGUGUCGUCCCUCCGCGUGGAUUCAUUUACCGCAUGAGCAAAGAGGAACUAGAGGUGCUUCGCGCACAACUCGACGACCUUCUCCACAAAGGCUGGAUUCACCCCAGUUGUUCGCCAUACGGUGCACCGGUUCUCUUCAUCCGGAAGAAGAACAAGGACCUACGGUUGUGCAUCGACUUUAGAAAACUUAACGCACAAAUCGUAAAGAACGCCGGCCCUCUCCCUCGGAUCGAUGAUCUCCUUGAGUGGUUGGGCGGCGCGACGUACUUCUUGAAGUUGGACUUGAAGUCGGGUUACCACCAGAUCGAAAUUCAGCCUCAAGACCGGUACAAGACUGCCUUCAAAACGCGGUAUGGGCAUUUUGAGUGGGUCGUGAUGCCAUUUGGACUCACCAAUGCCCCGACAACCUUCCAAGCAGCCAUGACAACAGAGUUCCGAGACUUGCUCGAUCGUACCGUCCGCAUCUACCUCGAUGAUAUCUUAGUCUAUAGUCGGACGCUUGACGAGCUCCUCGUACACCUUUGUGCAGUUUUGGAUCGUUUGCGAGCAGCCAAGUACAAAGCAAACCGCGACAAGUGCGAAUUUGCCAAACAAGAGCUUGAGUACUUGGGCCACUAUGUGACGUCAAAAGGCAUUCGUCUCUUAGCGGACAAGAUCCAAACCAUCGUGGAUUGGUCGGAACCCCGUUGCACUACAGGCGUACGCUCUUUUAUGGGUUUGGAUGGAUACUAUCAGCGCUUCGUCGAGUCUUACUCCAAAGUGGCAGCUCCUUUGUUGAGACUUCAGUCCCCGAAGGUACCAUUCGAGUUCGACGAAGCAGCUCGUGGCGCGUUUAAUACGUUGAAGGCAGCGAUGCAAGACGUGCCGGCCCUCCGUAUCUAUGAUCCCACCCUACCCACCCAAGUGACUACGGACGCUUCCGGAUACGGUAUUGGUGCGGUGUUAGAACAAUGCUUUCCGGACGGUUGGCACCCGGUUAAGAACUUCUCCCAAAAGGUGCCUCUCGUCAACUCCCUCGAUGACGCUAGGAAAAAAGAGUUACUCGCGUUUGUCACCGUCCUCAAACGGUGGCACCACUUUUCUCUCGGUCGUCGGCGUUUUAAGUGGAACAUGGACAACAAUCCGUUGAUCUAUUACAAAACGCAGGGCACGUUCACUAGCACGAUCGGUCGAUGGAUGUAUUACAUCGACCAGUUUGACUUUGACCCAUGCCACAUCCCCGGUCCCGCCAACCGAGCAGCAGACACCCUCUCACGACGGCCCAAUUUCUGUGCCCUAGUGACUACGACGUUCCAGCUCGACGACGAUCUGCAGCAGCACCUCGUCAACGGCUACAAGUCCGACCCGACGUACUCCACGCUCUACGCGGAGCUUUCAUCGGAUCACCCGCCGGCUGGUCACUAUCGUAUCUCCGACGGGUUCUUACUCCUCCACACGAGAGGAAAGGACUUGUUAGUGGUGCCCCAAGAUUGCAUCUUAUGGACUCACCUCCUCGGUGAAUUCCACGACGCACGACUUUCGGCAGACCUGGGCGUGACCCGCACAUUGGCCCGCUGUCGCACAUUUUUCCGGUCGAGCCCUCUAGAAGACUGAAAAGACCAACGGGCUGUCACGUAGGAUUUUGUCGUUUAUUAAAUGCAAAAAAUUAAAUUAAUGCAUAAAAUAAUAUCCCUUCCCGUUGUGUGCGCCCGACUUCGAGCGAGACCCUUCAGUUACGGUCUACGCCGGACUCCGGUCUUAGUAACCUUUGAUUGAAUAGGUUCGGAACAACAAAGAAUCAUGCAAUUA